GCGAGAAGUUCGACGGGUCCCACCGAGGUUCUCUAUCCCCCCCACCAAUCAUGAGAUCAUGCCUGGCGGGAGUGUAAAUAUCACGUGUGUUGCGGUGGGGUCACCAAUGCCAUAUGUGAAAUGGAUGCUAGGAGCAGAAGAUUUGACACCUGAGGAUGAUAUGCCAAUAGGGAGGAACGUCCUUGAGCUUAAUGAUGUCAGGCAGUCUGCAAACUAUACUUGUGUUGCUAUGUCUACCCUUGGUGUUAUAGAAGCAAUAGCACAGAUAACUGUCAAAGCCUUACCCAAACCUCCUGGAACACCUGUCGUGACAGAAAGCACAGCGACAAGCAUAACAUUGACUUGGGAUUCUGGAAACCCUGAGCCAGUUUCUUACUACAUAAUCCAACAUAAACCAAAAAACUCUGAGGAGCUAUAUAAAGAAAUUGAUGGGGUGGCCACAACACGCUAUAGCGUGGCUGGCCUAAGCCCAUAUUCAGAGUAUGAAUUUCGAGUAGUUGCUGUAAAUAAUAUUGGGCGAGGGCCACCCAGUGAGCCUGUGUCGACAAGGACUUCCGAGCAAGCACCUUCCAGUGCACCACGCAAUGUGCAGGCCCGUAUGUUGAGCUCUACCACCAUUUUGGUACAGUGGGAAGAACCUGAGGAACCUAAUGGACAAAUACAAGGUUACAGAGUUUAUUACACCAUGGACCCCACUCAACAUGUUAACAGUUGGAUGAAGCACAAUGUGGCUGACAGCCAUAUUACUACUAUUGGAAAUCUGGUACCCCAGAAAACAUACAGCGUGAAGGUUCUUGCUUUUACUUCUGUUGGGGAUGGACCACUUUCUAGUGACAUUCAAGUCAUCACUCAAACAGGAGUGCCUGGUCAGCCAUUGAACUUCAAAGCAGAACCUGAAUCUGAAACGAGCAUAUUACUUUCCUGGACACCUCCACGCUCUGAUACAAUUUCCAGCUAUGAACUGGUUUACAAAGAUGGGGAGCACGGGGAGGAGCAACGGGUUUCCACUGAACCUACUACAUCUUAUCGCCUGCAAGGCUUAAGACCAAACAGCUUGUACUUAUUCCGUCUAGCUGCCCGUUCUCCACAAGGCCUGGGUGCUUCAACAGCAGAAAUCUCAGCGAGAACCAUGCAGUCAAAGCCAUCAGCUCCUCCUCAAGACAUUAGUUGCACAAGCCCCAGCUCCACUAGCAUUUUGGUAAGUUGGAAACCUCCACCAGUGGAAAAACAGAACGGCAUUAUCACUGAAUACUCCAUCAAGUACAUUGGGAUUGAUGGAGAAGAUGUCAAGCCCCAUGAAAUUUUUGGAAUUUCCUCGGACAGUACCCAAUACCUUUUGGAACAGCUGGAAAAAUGGACUGAGUACCGGAUCUCUGUGACUGCCCACACUGAUGUUGGACCUGGCCCAGAGAGCUUAGCAGUAUUGAUUCGGACAGAUGAAGAUGUUCCUAGUGGUCCUCCUCGCAAAGUCGAGGUAGAGGCUGUCAACUCUACUGCUGUUAAAGUGUCAUGGCGCUCACCUGUACCCAAUAAGCAGCAUGGUCAGAUCCGAGGAUACCAGGUCCACUAUGUGAGGAUGGAAAAUGGAGAGCCAAAGGGUCAGCCCAUGCUGAAGGAUGUCAUGCUGGCUGAUGCACAGUGGGAAUAUGAUGAUACUGCUGAACAUGAAAUGAUAAUUUCUGGGCUUCAGCCUGAAACUACAUACUCAUUCACUGUGACAGCCUAUACAACAAAAGGUGAUGGAGCACGCAGCAAGCCCAAACUUGUAUCUACUACUGGUGCAGUUCCAGGCAAACCUCGGCUUGUGAUUAGCCACACACAGAUGAACACCGCUCUAAUUCAGUGGCAUCCACCUGUGGACACUUUUGGCCCGCUGCAGGGUUAUCGCCUGAAGUUUGGUCGCAAAGACAUGGAUACAUUUACGACCAUGGAGUUCUCAGAGAAGGAAGAUCACUUCACAGCCACAGACAUUCACAAAGGAGCUUCUUAUGUCUUCAGGCUCUCAGCUAAAAAUAAAGUGGGCUUUGGGGAGGAGAUGGUUAAAGAGAUUUCUAUUCCUGAAGAGGUACCCAGUGGAUUUCCCCAAAAUCUCCACUCGGAAAGCUCUACUUCUACAUCAGUUCAAUUAACUUGGCAGAUGCCACUCUUGGCAGAGAGAAAUGGUAUUAUCACCAAAUAUACCAUCUUGUACAGAGAUAUCAAUCUUGCUCACCAGCCAGUUGAACUCCCUGUUGUUCCUGCUGAUACCACUAUGACACUUUCUGGCUUAAAACCAGAUACCACAUAUGAUGUAAAAGUACGUGCCCACACAAGCAAAGGGCCUGGUCCGUAUAGUCCAAGUGUCCAGUUCAGGACACUACCCGUGGAUCAAGUGUUUGCAAAAAAUUUUCAUGUUAAAGCAGUAAUGAAGACUUCUGUUUUGCUGUCCUGGGAAAUUCCAGAAAAUUACAAUUCAGCCUUGCCUUUCAAAAUCCUUUAUGAUGAUGGGAAAAUGGUGGUGGAGGUUGAUGGACGUGCUACUCAAAAGCUGAUCACUAACUUGAAGCCAGAGACGUCAUAUUCAUUUGUGCUGACGAACAGAGGGAAUAGUGCUGGAGGGCUUCAGCACAGAGUGACAGCAAAGACUGCGCCAGAUGUGCUUCGCACCAAGCCAGUCUUCAUUGGAAAGACCAACUUAGAUGGCAUGAUAACUGUGGAACUUCCAGAAGUACCUUCAAAUGAGAAUAUAAAAGGUUAUUACAUAGUUAUUGUGCCUUUGAAGAGGUCUCGUGGAAAGUUUAUCAAACCGUGGGAAAGUCCAGAUGAAAUGGAACUAGAUGAGCUGCUUAAGGAGAUAGUUAGGAAACGCAGAAGCAUUCGUCUUGGGAGGGAAGUUGAAUUAAAGCCAUAUAUUGCAGCUCACUUUGAAGUUCUUCCUACGGAGUUCACGUUGGGGGAUAAGAAGUACUAUGGUGGCUUUGAGAAUAAACAACUGCUCAGUGGUCAAGAAUAUGUCUUCUUUGUGUUGGCUGUAAUGGAGCACGCAGAAUCUAAUACUGAAGAUGGGAGAAAAACCUCAGUCCGGUCAAGUGUUUCAGGAAUUGAACAUGGAGACUCCCCAGUUUCUAAACAGCAGUCACAGACUUUUGAAAUGUUUGGUGCCACGUUCAGUAAAGGAGCAAAAUACUGGUCAUCAUUGACCUGGUUACUAGCUGAGUACCAGCUAGU